GUUUGGAAACAAUCGUGCAAACCAAGUGCUGCUCGCAAAUCUUUUGCUCAGUAUCAGGUGCAUAGCAGCAAAUUUGGCGGCGAACUAUAAUAGUAAUGAUAAAUUGUAAUGAUAAAUGUCUAAUAAUACUGCUAAUAUAUUAUAUAUUAAAUAUAAUAUAUUAAAUGCCUGGGUGCUGAUCCGCAGAGGACGAAGACUACAGGACUGUUAUUUUGAAGGCGACGUCAGGAGCCCAGAUUUGAUUGACCAAUCAGAGGAAAUGGGCGUUUCAGAACCGCCUACAUGUGGAUAAUGAAUUUUAAAGUCAUUUAUCCGUUUUCCUACCCUAAACCAAAAAAAGAAAAUCGAGCCAAAAUCAGUUAUUUAAUUUUUUUGUAGCCAAAUAAAAAACCGAAAAACGGCCGUUUCCUCGUUUUUUAAAUUUCGUUUAAGAUCAAAAAUCGAAUGAACGCAACGUACACGGACCUUAAAAACACCGAAAUCGUUUAUGAACUCAACGCUUAACUCCGCGAAAGGUUUUGUUCGUCCACUUAUACAGUAGGCGGUAGAUGGCAGAAACCGUCAGUGUGAUCAGGAACUGUGGGCAUCUUUAUUUAUCCUGCUGCACGAGCAUCAUGUGUUUACAGUUUCUGCAUUAAUGUGUGAAAUCUGGGAGAUGGCAGAUGAUAAUGUCAUAGCCCGGCUCGGCAGCAUGAAGGCUCUGCUGGGGAUUGUGGCAGGAGCCGGAGCUUCAUAUGGCAUUUAUAAACUAGUCUUUGGUCGUACGAAAGAUGGAGGAGUAAACAAAAAGAAGUCUGCAAAAAUUGUAAAUAUUCAGCCUGGAAGUUUGAUGGCCAAAGUAUCUGGAUUUAAAGUUGUCAGUAAAAAUGAUCAUCUGGAUCCUUCUGCCGAUACUGAAUCUAAUGAUAUUCACUCAAAAUCUGCUGCCAGCCUGGAGCCUCGGCAUCUCAGUAUGCUCCUCUCUCUUCUGCAGAGCAGUCCAAACCCAGAAGAGAGGAGAAAAGUGCUCGUAACAAUAGGAAAUUCUGCUGCCUUCACAGUAAACCAGGAUCUUCUGCGAGAAUUUGGAGGUCUUCACAUUAUAGCAGGUUUUCUGUCAGACCCUUCUCCUGAGAUUCGUGUUCAGACUCUGAACACUCUGAACAACUUAAGCAUGAACAUCCGCAAUCAAGAGCAGCUUAAGAUUUACAUCCCUCCGGUGUUGCAGCUGAUCGAAAUGUCACCAGUGAACUCUGACCUUCAGCUUGCAGCUCUCCGAUUACUGACUAAUCUCUCAGUAACCGACUACCACCAGCAUCUGAUGAAGACCUCCAUCACCCUCUUCCUGUCGCUGCUCGUAGUGAGCAAUGAAGUCCUACAGAUCCAAGUGCUGAAGGUCCUGGUAAAUCUUUCCUCCAAUCCAGAUUUGAUGGAUGAUAUUGUGCAAGCUCAGGCUCCAGCCUCCUUGAUCGUGUUGUUUGACGGCUGCACCAGCACAUCAGUCCUCCUCCGCCUACUGUUUUUUGUGGGGAAUCUGCGCGCGUGGAGACCUUCGGCUCAGGUGGCUGAAGCGCUGAGGAGGAGACCGGACUCUCUCUACUGUGUUUUACUGGACGGCUCCUCUCAGCUCCACCAGAAGCUGCCGCUGUUGUUUUCUCAUCCAGAUGAGGAGGUGAAGACGCAGGUAGCCAGACUCCUCACGUAACAAAUAAAAGUUUUACUGCAGUUCUGCUGGUCUUCUAUGCUAACUUAAAUGGUUAGUUCACACCAAAAUGAAAAUUCUACAGUUUUCCCAUCCUCAUGAUGUUCCAAACCAAUAAGACUUUCAUUUAAUUUCACAACACAAAUGAAGAUAUCUUUAAAAUGAAAUCUGAGAUUACCCGUUCACCCAAAACUCUCUUUAACCUUUCAUUAGGAUAACAUCCAUGUGAAACUGGCAGUUUAUUUAAGGUCUUCGGAAGACACAAGCUUGCUUUAUAUGAUGAACAGACAUUUUUGGUAUUUGUUAUCAUAUAAAUAAUAAUAAUAAACUUAUUUUUAAAUAUGGCCUCUAAAAGUAGCAUCUCAAGGCACUGUACAGACAUAAAAUAUGCAGAAGUAAAAGAUACAUACAAGGAUGUAUGCAAAAAAAUUUGAUCAGUGAAAAUAAAUAGGAAAUAAACUAUAGCCAAUUAAGCUUAAAGAUGUCACAUGACCCUCAAGAAUGAAUCUUACUACUGUAGGUAUGCUACAACUUCAGCCAGCGUCAACAAAAUGAUCACCAUGUUUACAUGGCAGACCACAUGGUGUGGGACAACUGGCAUGCACUGACUCAGAUUCGAUUGGUCUGUGCAGCACUGCAUAAAGUUGAAUUUGACUAAUGGUUCUCAUGGAAUCUCAAUGUCAUGUGAUUGCUCAAGAAUGAAACUCAACUCAAUCGUGUCGUGUAACACUCGAGAAUUAACCUCAUUGGUUUAUGUUGAACUCAAAUAAGGCACUCAAGAAUGAGCCUGAUUAUGUGUUUUCACACUGUGCUUAACCCAUAUUAUCAUUGUUCUAAACCACGGUUAAAAUCACAUGUUACACCUGUAAUUCGAUCGCUGUGUUAGCACCAAAUUUUAGUUGGAGUUAUGAAACUUUGCUCCAGAGUUAGGGUUAGCACUGCAUUUGUGGGACAGUUAACCUUGCGUUGCGGGGCUAACUUUGCUCAGUGUGACACAGAGCAGUAUUUCCUUGUUGUUGCAGGAUGCUUAGUAACAGAUCAGCCAAUAAGAAAUUAGGCAGCAGGGCUCAUGUCAUGUUAGCAAUGGGAAGCUUGCAUCAUGUAAACAACAGUCAGCGAGAGAAAAUAGUUUAAACCACACUGAAAAAAUGAUUUUGCUAUAUGUUUAAACGACUUGUUUAAAACAAAAAUCGAUUGUGUGGAAGGCAGCAUUUUUUACAGUUCACGUAAACUGGGGUUGUCAGUCAUUCAGAUUCAUACAUUUGUACUUUUAUGCUUGUUUUUCAUUUCUUUGCGCAUCUCAAAUAGCUAAAGACUACACAGUAUAAUUUUUUUAAACUGACGAGCAGAUCUGGAAAUGCUGUGUAAAAAGGUUGCCGACACUCGAAAUAAAAACGGUAACCUGGGGUUUUGGAAUGUAUGCAGUAUGUACAGUGUAAAGCGUCUGUUAUUGAAUACCCAAGAUCAUUCAUUAACUCCUGGUAUAGUUUGAGUGGUGUAAAACCUGAUUACAGAUAACCCAAAAUUCUGUUUAUUCAGGGUUUUGGAUAAAAAAUUUAAAGAAAAAAAAGCCCCAUUAGUUCGACAUGAAGCUCCACAAUUGGUUGGUUCUUACCAAAGACAUUGAUUCAUGCCACAUGAUUCUAAAGAACGAACCCCAUUGGUAAUUGGGGAAGUUGUGACAUGACACUGGAUAAUUUACUUCAUUGGUUCUUGUGGAAGUUUUGGGUGAACAGACUUUGAAUGGAGCAGAAAUCUCAGAUUUGGUGCAUAGUAUUUUCAUCUGUGUUUUAAGAAUGAUCAAAAGUCAUACGGGUUUGUAAGGUCAUGAGGAUGAGCAAAUGGUGACAAAUUUUUAUGUUGAGGUGAAUUAACCCUUUAAAUGUCAAGACUUGCACUAAUUCUUCAGUGUUGAUCUACUCUACUCGUCGCAGGCCAUCAGUAUCUCCAACGAAUGUUGGAAAAUGAAGAAAUGACACCCUUGGGCAUUUUGAGCUAUGUCUGUGAACACCCCAAAUCUCUUAGAGAGAACCUUAAAGAACAUCUCCACUGCCUAAAGUUUACUUGCCAAGAGAAUGCAUCUCAAAGCUUGCAGGGAUUUUCUCUGACCACACUAAGUGCUUUGGAUAUCCAAAUUAGUAGUGGGAAGGAUUAAAGUAACGUCUCUACAUGUCUUUAGAAAUGGCUUUGGGGGGAAGGGGUUUGGAAUAAUGCAAGUGAAGUUUACCACUAAACAAAAUUUAUGCAGGUUAUGCUGAAGCAGUAAUGACCCAGUAAAAUCCCUAUUUUUACAGACUCUGUGCAAAGAUUGUACUGCCAUUGCUUGAUUGUUCUUAUGCUCUGUGAUAAGAUUGACAUGGCUAGCAAUUUAUUAUUUAAUAAGUGUUUAUCUUGUUAUUAGGCAGUUAUAAAAUAGCACUUUUUUAUAAUUGCUACAUUUAUUUUGUGAAUAAUUCUUUAAAAUAAAUAUUUGCUUUUUAGUAA